AUUAAUUACCUUCAGACUUCAAACAUGAAAGAACUUGACACUAUUGAGGAAUUCAACGACUUCUUGAACGACAACCCAGGCAAACUAGUUGUCAUCGACUUCUUUGCUACCUGGUGUGGACCAUGCCAGUUCAUUGGACCUUAUGUAGAGCAACUUGCAGAAGCAGAUAAGCUCAAAGGCAAAGCAGUAUUUGCCAAAGUCGACGUUGACAAGAACGACGAUGCCUCUGCUGAAUACGGAGUUGAAGCUAUGCCAACCUUCAUGUUGUUCUUGAAUGGAUCCAAAGUUGACAGCGUUAGAGGAGCAGAUAUUCGCAAGCUGAUCACUAAGAUAGAGACCCAGAUCAGCAAGUUAUAAGGAGAGUGAAAGACCUAUCGGAGAUAGCCUCUCAAAGUAUAAUCUAAUUAUUACUAAUUGUUG